AUGGCCCCCUGUCCCCAGCCUGACUCCUGCCUGGUUGGCAGCCCCCUCGGCCUGAUCUGUUUGUCCCUUUUGCUCAUCCCUGCUGCAGCUGGAACCUACUGCGAGUGUAGCCUUGGCCUCAGCCGCGAGGCCCUCAUUGCCCUGCUGGUGGUGCUGGCGGGCAUUGGCGCCAGCUGCUUCUGCGCUCUCAUCAUCGUGGCAGUUGGCAUCAUUCGAGCCAAGGGUGAAACAUGCCCUGGACACAUGGACAACAGGUUGGUGGGGCACUUCGGAGCUCAGGAAGAUCACAUGGACCUGCACGCGGUGCACGUGGAGUCCCACCUCAUGGCCCCUGAAAUGGAGAUCUCCAUGACGCCGCCCCUGGAAGAUCAUGGCCUCACGACCAUCACUGUGGACUCGACCCUAGCGGAGCUGCCCCCCCAACCCCCGCCGCCUGAGUAGGGCUUCGGGCAGCUGGGGGAAGGAGAAUUAAACAGUAGU